AUGCGAUUAGAACCUGUCUUAGCACUGUAUAUUGCGGUGCUCUCUGGAGUAUGUGCCCAACAUUCGUCACGGAAAAACAGGGGCCAGACACAAGACGUAUCAUGGGGAACUUACGUCGUGUUUUUCCACACUAACUUUCAUUUGAACGAACCGUUUGAGAUCUUCUUUCGCCAGCUGGGUGACCACUACAAUACUGUAGAGGCCAAGCUGAUCAGCGAAAGAUGGGAGGACGGGAAAGAGAUCAACAAAACAGUGGCAACCGCAUCCAUCUUUUUAACGCCAAGUAAAAUGGAGGGCACUAUAUCGUUAAAGUUAUCGGAAGCUGCAAUGGACGGGUCUGAUUAUCGGUAUCACGGAUACUACCUGGACUUGAAAGGUAGCGGGAAACAAUUAUUCGAGAACUCCACGAGGGUCGGGAUUGCGUACAGGGACGAGCCCCUUUUAGACGAGCAUAUUUUCGUCCAGACAGACAAACGGAUGUACAAAACAAGACAGAAGGUUUUGUACCGUGUGUUUGUUUUGGACAAAGAGAUGAAGCCGGUUGAUUCGCCUCUGGACAUCGAAAUCUUUGAUGACAAGAACAACAAAAUCAAAGAGGAUAUAGGAGUGCGAGGAUUGUUUGGGGUAUCCGGUGAGCUACAGCUCUCAGAUGCACCAUCUCUCGGUGCGUGGGGAAUAAAGGCGACGAAAAAGUAUGAGGAUAAUGAGACAAUUUCAACAAUGGGGAAAUUCUUUGUAUCUGAAUAUGUACUCCCUAAAUAUGACGUGCAACUCAAGUUGCCAGACUAUGGAACAGUGGAUGGUCGGGAGCUUAAAGGAACGGUUAUCGCAAAAUACACUUAUGGGAAACCAGUAAAAGGUCGGGUAGUUUUAACGGUAAAAAAUAAUAACAAUUAUUGGAAACAGGAGCAUUUUGCGCCGAAAGCCGUUCAAACGCAAUUUGAGAUCAACGGUGAAGCAGAAUUUAGUAUACCCAUGGACACUUUAUUAAAAUUCGACCCCGACCUAAAACAACACUCGCUUGGAGUUGAGGCAAAUGUCACGGAAGAAGAAACUGGCGAGUCGCGUGUUGCCUUUAGUCAAGUUAACUUUGUAAAGGAACCAAUUAGCAUAAGCUUCGCCGAUGGAAGAACAUAUUUCCACGAAAACACCGCAUUUUUUCGACCGGGAUUUCCGUUUACGACAUACGUGAAAGUAAGUCUACCGGACGGACGACCGCUUGCAGUGAGUGGAGAACGACUAAGAGUGACCGUCACUUACUUUACGUACAACGCGUCAAGCUCUUAUAGACGCACAGUUGCCCCGAAGACCCCAACAUCACAGCUGAUGACAUUUCUGUCACCAUACCCUGGCGGGCAGGUUAUAUUUAUGCCUGAACAGUUCUUAACCGUCCCCGGGAAUGGCGUGGUAAAGAUUAACCUGAACAUUCCGAGCGAUGUCGCUUCCGGACAUAUCGAGGCACUAGUUAAAACUAAAAAGGCAUCCUUGAAUUUGUCAACUUUUAAAACGAAGAGCGACGCCUACAUUAAUCUGGAGAUGAAAACGGGAUAUGUAAAGGUUGGAGACCAAGCCGAGUUCAUCCUAACCAGCAACGUCAGGCCAUCAGAGAAAAUCACAUAUCACAUACUCAAACAAGGCAAAAUACUGGAGACCCACUAUACCAACAUCUACUCAGCCAACACUCAGAUCUCGUUCUUUGUCAAAAUGACGGUGGACAUGGCCCCACGAAGCAAGAUCGUCGCCUAUUACUACAACAGAGAUUCUGAUGAGUUUAUUAAUGAUGGACUGGAGUUUGCUGUGGAAAUGAAUUUCAAAAAUGACAUGAGUUUACGAUUUGACCGAUCCCAAGUGGCACCCGGCAGUAAUGUGACGUUGUCGGCAAGGGCAGACCCGAACUCGCAGAUAUUUCUGUGUGCUGUGGACAAGAGUGUUCUUCUGAUGGAUCAAGAAAACAACAACCAAAUCACGCAGCGAAGGAUUCAAGAAGAACUCGGACUUCACCAACUGAAACCAAACAUCUAUAACAAUGCUUACCUGUAUUCGAAACUUGGUGGAUACGAUCCUGGAGAUUUAUUUUAUCACGCUGACCUUUUGUUUAUGUCAGAUGUUCGGGUGUACAAUUUCCACCUCUCGUUACACUUUUGUUGA